UCUGAUCUUUCCCAUUAUUACACCAUAACCCAGAACGUUCAUAACAUAACGUAUUUGCAAUCAACUUUUACAAGCCAGUGAUUUUCAGAGGUGACAGGACACGUGAAUAGUACUCACACGUAACGCAGCCUAAACAAUCCGGCUUACAGUCUUAGCACAGAGCAUGCUACCUGGCGUACAGUCUAACAAAGGCUGACGCACGGGAAGGUGCCCGACAGUUCCAAGGCAAAUAGUAGCAGUCUGGGUCUGGUUCUGUGCAGAACAGGAAACUACUUAGGGCGAAGCAGCUCCAACUAUAUUUGUGUCAUCGAUAACCGACUGGAAUUUCUAUCCUUUGAAUCAGCAGGCGUCUGUGAACAUCAGCAGAGAAACGAAACAAGGACUCUCUCUUCCGUUACUGACGUUUGUUUCUCUGAUACACAAUGAAGUUCGAUGACGCGUUGCUGAAGCUCGGAGAAUUCGGAUACUACCAGAAAAGACUAUGGAUCCUCCUACAAAUCCCAGCUAUGUCCGUCGGAUGUUUUAUGAUGAUGUUGGUAUUCCAGAUGUUUAAGCCUGAACACCGAUGCAAGAUCCCUGGUUACCCUAACGACACAUUUGAGGUGCAAAAUCCUUUCCAUGCCGCUCUCAUCAAUGCGACCAUCCCGCCCAGUGAGGACAUCCUGAGGAAGUACGAGAUGUGUAGUCAUUACAAGGGUGUGGUAGUGGACGGGUCCAGUCAAGGCGGUUACAACUAUUAUGUCAACAACACCGUUCGGACACAGUGCGAUGACUACGUCUACGAUAAAUCCACCUUCGAUGAAACUUUUGCAUCAGAAAACAAUUUAGUGUGUGAUGAUGCGUUGAAGACUUCGCAUGCUCAGAUGGUUUAUUACUUCGGUGUGUUGUGUGGAGAUCUGGGAUUCGGGAUGCUUUCCGACUACAUCGGACGUAGAAAGACUUUUUCAAUUUGUUCUGUACUGAUGUUGGCGUCUGCCUUGGCGUUAGCGUGGGCACCAGAAUAUAGCAGCUUCGUCUUCCUUGAAUUCACAGUUGGCGCAGCGUGUCACGGUCUCUUCAUGGUCUGCUGUGUUCUCAGCGUGGAGAUGGUCGGACCAUCCAAACGAGGAGUGGCCGGGAUCCCUAUCCAUAUGUUCUUCGCCACUGGUCUGUGUUACCUGUCUGGAGCCGGUUAUUUCCUGCGGAAUUGGCACUACAUUCAGCUGGCGGUGGCUAUACCCUGCACCUUCUACCUCUUCUACUGGUGGUUUAUUCCUGAAUCGCCACGAUGGUUGAUCAGCAAGGGGCACUACGAGGCCGCCGAGGUGAUUGUCAAGCGUGCAGCGGAAGUGAACAAAACAACAGUUCCCGAUAAGAUGUUCGACGCUAACUCCGUGGAAAAAGUGAAAGAGGGCCACUUGUGGCAUCUGUUUAUGUCUAAGACCCUCUUCUUCAGGACCAUCAUCAUAUUCUUUAAUUGGAUGGUGAUCAGCAUGAUGUAUUACGGUGUGACCAUGCACUCUGGCAAUCUGGGAGGCAACUUUUUCCUUAAGUUCUUUAUCCUUGCUGUGGUGGAGUACCCUGCCAAUGGUUCAACAAUAUUUCUUCUCAACGCUAUGGGCCGGCGAAAGCUCUUGUCAUUGUGUAUGAUGGUUGGAGGAGUUGCCUGUAUGUGCACUAUUUUUACUGUUCUAUAUGGAGGAGAAGAGCUGGAACCGCUUACCCUUGGGCUGGCCGUGAUUGGGAAGAUGGGCUCGGCAGCUGCCUUCGGUGUUGUUUAUGUAUAUUCCAUGGAGUUGUACCCUACCGUUGUCAGGAACGGCGGAAUGGGAGCCAGCUCUUGUGUUGCAAGAAUAGGAGGCAUGAUGGCUCCAUAUAUUGCUCAAUCUGGAGAACUGAUAGGAGGUAAAUUUGGACAAGCCUUCCCAUUGGGUAUAUUUGGUGCAUCCUCAAUCACUGCAGGACUGUUAUGCUUGCUACUGCCGGAAACACUAGGGAGGAAACUUCCAGAAACCAUCGAAGACGGUGAAAACUUUGGAAAGGAUGCUGACGAACCCCUUUAUGAAAACCAGAUAAAAAUGGUACCUGCUGAUGUUGAGGAAGGAGAUUAUCCUGAUGAUAAGGCGUUUCUGUGAUAUGAGAAACUUAUCGGCUAUAUGAGAAUAUAUUGUCUUUGAAGUAUCUCACACAAAGUGUAUUUUAUAUCAACAAUACUUGCCCCAUACCUUUGGAGCAAUUUGAUAUUUUAUUUUUAUUUUGAUUGAGUAGAAGGGAGACUCGACUUUACAACAUUGCUACCGGUAUCAUUCACUCUUCGUCCAUCGCUUGCUGCUAUGUAUAUAAGUAUCAUCUGAUUUCAUACAUACAACAAUCACAACGGACAAUGUUUUAUCCGUUGAGUUGGACCAAAGUAGUGCUUGUUAGAAGAAAAUAGAGUAAGAGAAUUAGCUCGUUAUUAAGUUAUAGAAAAAUAACAAUGCAAUUAAGAUUUUCAUUUGUUUUACAUUUUCAUUUGAAUGAAACUCUCUGUUCUUUUGGUUUCUUGGAAUAUGAUAAAAUCGAAGAUGAGAUACUCCAUUAAUAUUUGUCUGUAUAUUUAAUUUUAUCACUAUCAAUCUAGGAUGCUCAAUAUUCCAAAAUCCUCUUUUUAAAAAAUUAAUAUGUGUCAUAUGAACAGUUAUGCUUUGCUAUCCUUUCAAAUUAUCAAUACCUGUAGUAAAUUUAAAAUGUAAUGAUAACUUCACAUUACAUUCGAACCUUUUCAGUCUAUCAAAUAUGACGCUUUCUUUACAGAUGAUCUUAAAUCAUUGCUGAUCGGCUGUAAUCUAGUAUCAAUAUGGCGUUAUAUAUCAAAUGUAGGUUUGGUUUUUCUUAAAUGAAAAAGUAUGUGUAUAAUGAUGAAAAUGCUACGUUUGUAACCGUUCUACUUUGUUUGAGAUAGAAUGGGAAAGUCUGAAUGUACAUCUAUAUUCUGUAUUUACUUCUUUUUUUCUCAUCUUUGUUCAUAUUCAUAAAAUCAAGACACUUCAAUUGGUUCAAAUGGAUGAAAAUAUUCUUUUGUGUAUUUUUUGGUCAACGUUUGACUAAUUUAAAAAUUAAUUUUUAUGUAAAGGGUGUGUUUCCUAUCAUCGAAAUAAAUUUGAGAAUUCUUUCUUAUAUAAACUAUUAUAUAUCUAUUAAAACGUCUAGUAUGUUUAAAAUCAGAAAGCGAGAUUGUUCACCAGGUUGUUGUACAGAUAUUACAAAGACAAUAAAUGAAUAGCGAUGUAAUUUUAAAUAUCACAUUUUAUAUGUCUUCCACCCUCAUAUUCCUUUUAAAAUGAUGUACAUACUAUUUAUUUUAUUACAUGUUUCUAUUAUAGUAAGUCACCAUUAUUAGAUUUUUUAGUCAUCCGUCUUACUACCUAUGAUCUAUGGACUAUCCGGUGGUUUGAGUCCUUUUAUAUUGGUAUACCAGAAUAGUUGAUAUUACAUUCGGUGUAUUGAACUACUUGACUAAAUUAGGUGAUUACAUAUACAUAACUCAAGAAUGAAUGUUUCAAUUAUGAUUGGCCAUUCAACAAUCAAUGCAGAACUAUCUGUUAAUUUUGUUUAACAGAAUCACGUCAAGAAAAAACUUAUACGAUUAUGAUGAAUUUAUUGCAUUAAGAGAAGUAUGUCUUUCUAAUAUAGUCGCGCUGAUAACUAAUAAACAAUAUCAUUAUAUGUGUAUUUCGUAAUGUUCGUUAAUUUGUAAUUAUGUUCAUACAAGGUUGUUUCUGUUUAUAGAUACUCUACAAGCUAUAUAAUAGACUAGAAAGGAGCAUUCUGUUAACUUCUAAACUAUAACAAAAUGGGAAUAUGUUACAAUACCUUGAUAGAUGUUUCGUCAUGUACGAAUACCAAACACAAACAUGAAGAAAAUAUGGAAACCAAUUAUGUAUAAUGAGGUACGUACAUGACUAAAAAUCUGAUAAGCUAUGCAAAUAUCCAUUUCAGUAUUCCGUAAUGAUCUUGUUAGAAAGCAAGUUAUUCAAACGCUAAAAUAUAUAAUAUUCAAAUAUCAAUUUUUUGAACUUUGAUUAUUCUAACAUUCCAUCACUUAAUUUGUAAUAGAUUUUUGUUUUCUUGCUCAUAUAUCAACACGGAUCUGUAUUCCGUGUGAUAAACAGACAAUCAACGGAGUAACUGAAAAAUGCUUCAAUCUCUUAAACAUUUCUAUAAUUUAAGUAACCAUGAACUAUAACAUCUUUCUCAUUUGUUUAUGAUAUAGGUAUCGUGAAGUGAUACGAGGGAUAUACACACUCUAUUUAAAGGUAUUAUGUGAACAACACUAAGCAGUAAAGCAACAAACAACAGAUCAGUUUGUAGUAGUUUUAACUUACACUGAACUUUAUCACUACACGUGUAAUUUUGGAAUAUUCGUCAGUCUUCAAUAUAAUGUAUUUCUUUUAAGACAUUCAUAUCAAGGUAUGUGACAACUGCUACACUUUCAGUUAUUCCCUGAUGCAUACAAGAGAUAACAUUAUUAAGAUCACAUCUGGCAAAAAAGUUGAAAUCAUGUAAACCUCUUUUAUCUUUGUAUUGUGCCAUUGUUUCAACAGAAACGCCACUCAUUGCCCUUCACAAUAAUAAUUCAUACAAAGUUAAUGCAAAACUCACCUGUAAUAGUGAGAUAUAUUUCUGUCCUGCGGAUACAAGUAUGUUGAAAAUGAUGAUUGCCAGGAGUAAAUAGGACACAGAGCUUUCUCUCUUAAAAAGUGUCAGCCUCUGUAUGUUUUUUGUUUAAGCAUAUAUUUUCUCUCGCUCUCUUGCAAUAUCCCGUAUUCGUUUUUGAAAGUAAAGAAAAUAUAUUUUUAAUGAAAACGAAAACAAAAAUAUAAUAUACAAUACUAAUAUUAUGUUUAAUGAUAUUGUUUUCGAGAAUUAUGAAAGUCUAAUUUCAAAAGUAUCUUCGUAAAUUUAUUUACAAAACGGUUUUAAAUUAACAGUUUCUUUCGAUUGCAGUGCCAAUAAGGUUUACGAUUGUACAAUUUUUAUUAAAUUUGUCUUUUUAAAAUGAAAUAAAAAAGACCACAUGUUCACA